AUGCGAGGCAGAGAAACAGUUUCGUCUGUAAAUACAGUUGAUGGCCUUGAUCAUAUCAUUGUUAGUCCACCGGUAUCAAUUAAAAAUCGUCUACGAAAUUUUGUUGGUUUGCCGAAACCGAUAGAUGAUGACGAUUGCUCUUGGUCGACGCAUACACUUCUAUGUGCCACUGUCUUCCUAGAAGAUGCUGUUAACUAUCAAUCCAUAGUACAUAAAGUGUCGAACCUUUAUCUCUUAGUCUAUCGAUGGUUUUCCUGUUCAUUGAUUCAAAAUUUGCAUCGCAUUGCUCUAACAAUUAAUCUUUGUUUGGCGUUUUUCGAACGGCCAUCAUCAUUUAGUAUAACAUCGGAUGUUCGUGAUAGACCUGCUCGCAUUGUUUUCCCCUAUGUGUUACUUAUGAUCAUUGAGGGUUUAACACUCAUUUGGUUUUUUGUUUAUAUUUGUACGAAAAUUGCUUGUCUUGGUAUCAAACAUGCUCGAAAACGGUUCUGGUUCAUUGCGUUUCUUAUUGUAACAGUUUAUUCUCUAUGCGAAUGGUUUCUUAUGAUUGCCGUCAUUCGUUACUCCUAUGACGGCAUUCGUCUUCGGCGUAUUUUUCGUCCAUUAUUUAUGGUUGAAUCAUCUCAAUUAAUGAAGAAAGCUUUAAAAGCUGUACAGAAAGAUUUAGUAACGAUUAUAGCUUGUGUUGCAAUGGCACUUGCUCAUAUUCUUUUCUUCGCUAUUAUGGCGAUGUUUCUCUUUCCGCGAUCAGAGACACAAAAGGAUAGUCAAGGCAGUACUUAUUUUUCCAAUUUGCAUGAUUCCGUGUUUCAAUUACUGGUACUCUAUUCCACCGCUAACAAUCCGGAUGUAAUGAUGCCAGCUUAUUCCGAUAAUCGACUGAAUGUUUUAUUCUUUCUCGUUUUUGUUAUCAUUGGCAUUUAUUGGAUACAAAAUUUAAUAACUGCUGUUGUUUAUCGAGCUUUUCGGGGAUAUUUUCUGAAUUCAAUUAUUAAUUCGCAAUUGCGACGACGUGUUGCUGUCAAAGCUUCGUUUGAAGCUUUGAAAAAACGCAUAUUUAAUCAAGCAUCGAAUGAGAUUAGUGAUACAGUGCCUAUAUCAAUUGUUCAAAUCGUUGUCAAUGCAGCAUCCAUGGGUAAAUGGCAUUCCGAUCGAAUCAAUCAAAGAUUAUCUGAAUUAAAAUUUGAAACAGAUACAAUUGAUUUUGAUCAAUAUUCGCAGAUAAUGCUGCUUUUAGAUUUAAAUCCUAAGUUAGUAAUGGAAAUUGAAUUUGAAACAUUAGGUGAAAAUUUAAUCGACCGAUGCAAAGCUGUUGGGCGUUCGAGGAUCUUCGAUAGCAUUGGUACUCUAUUUGCUCUUCUAACUGUUAUAUUUACUACUAUUGAAGUCAGUAAUCGUCAUUUACAUUCCGAAUACAAAAAUUUGGUCAAUCAUACAUUACCUGUAGCGUUCACUAAUUUCAGUCUGAUGAUUUAUUUUGUCUUUGAAAUCAUUAUGAAAGCAUGGUCGUUUGGUGCAGAUAAAUAUUUUCGCGCAUCAACAGCUCACAUUUUAGAAGGAACUAUCGCUGUUGCAUGUUUGGUUUUACAAAUAAUACAUAUGGGACUUCACGGUUCUCCUAUUGUUCCUUUAAAGGACCUGGAUUUGACACAAAAGCAGAUUCCAUUUUUAACAUUAUGGGAAGCAAUAAAAACAUGCAAUAUGUUAUUUAUUUAUCGAUUAGUUCGAUUUUUACCAGCAUCGAAAAAUAUACGCAUUGUCGUCGGUACUGUUAUUGAUGAAAUUCGAAAUGGUGGUGCGUUUUUCGGAGUUCUAUUUAGCUUUUAUUAUGCUUAUUCAAUUCUUGGCAUGGAACUAUUUCGAGGUGCUGUUGACAAUCUUUAUAUGCGUCAAAACAAUACUGAUGCAAUGAUUUGUGGAACGUAUGAACAACUUGAAUAUUGGCCAAACGGUUUUGAUGACUUUUUUUCCUCCAUUGUUACACUCUAUAAUAUAAUGAUUGUAAAUCAAUGGCAUGUGUUUGUCACUGGUUUUCGGUCUGCAACAAACACAAGAUGGAGCGAAUUAUAUUUUAUUUUUUGGUAUUUAUUUGUAACAACAAUCGGACUAAAUAUCUGUCUUGCGCUGAGUGGUGAUAUUCAUGAUGCUAAAAAGAAACGAGCUGCUGACCACGAAGAACUAAUUGUAUCGAAUAUGUUUGAUAUUUACCGAUCUCAGAUAAAUGAGCCACCACCUGAAGUGAUAAUACAACAGCUGAAUGCACAUCCGUAUAUUGAUUUUAGUGAAAAAUUAGGUGAAGGAGUCACUGUUGCUUGA